AGCGUCACAUGUUGUUUUUCUCCAGCAUCAGAGCAGUCACUGGUCUACGCGCACUGCUCUGUUGUUUUUACCGCAGCGGGUUUUCUUGUCCGCUGUGGAAUAUAGUAAACGGGUAACCUUUUGCGGUCUUUUCUUUUUACUGUGAGAGUUUUUUACUCUUUUUCCGAAGAAAUGGCAAGUCCUCCGGCGACGGAAGGACACCUGUUAUCUAAUGGGACGAAUGACGUGAAGAAGUGCGGCUACCUGAGGAAGCAGAAACACGGACACAGGCGUUUUUUCGUGCUCCGGGAGCCCACGGAGCGCUGUCCCGCACGGCUGGAGUAUUAUGAAAGCGAGAAGAAAUGGAGAAAUAAGUCCGCAGCCAAACGCGUCAUAACUUUGGACUCCUGUCUGUGCGUAAACAAACGCGCCGAUGCCAAACACAAGCACCUCAUCGCCCUCUACACCAAGGACGAAUACUUUGCUGUGGCUGCAGAAAACGAGCAGGAGCAGGAGAGCUGGUACACCGUUCUGUCUGAUUUAAUAGCAGAGAGCAAAGUGUUUGACAGCCCUGCUUCCACAUCCUCUUUAGUGGGGUUUGAGGAAACCACUUACGGACAGCUUACCCCUGCAACAGCUACCUACAAGGAGGUGUGGCAGGUCAACUUGAAAUCCAAAGGCUUGGGUCAGAUCAGAAACCUCACCGGAGUCUACAGGCUGUGUUUAUCCAACCGAAACAUCAGCUUCGUAAAGCUGAACUCUGAGACACCAGCUGUCAACCUCCAACUCAUGAACAUCAGGAGAUGUGGCCACUCCGACAGCUUCUUCUUCAUAGAGGUGGGCAGAUCAGCAGUAACCGGGCCAGGGGAGUUCUGGAUGCAGGCAGAGGAUUCAGUGGUAGCGCAGAACAUCCAUGAAACCAUACUGGAGGCAAUGAAGGCGAUGAAGGAGCUCUCUGAAUUCAGGCCGAGGAGCAAAAGCCAGUCAGCCAGCACCAACCCCAUCUCUGUGCCCACCCGGCGCAACCUCAACAACCUCCCCCCAAGUCAGACCGGCCUGGUGAGGAGAUCCAGAACCGACAGCGUGGCUGCCACAUCCCCAGGGAGGAAGUUCACCUCCUGUCGGAUAAGGACGGCCAGUGAGGGAGAUGGAAGCGUAACCCGACCAGUGUCCAUGUCCAUACCAGUAGGUGAGAGUCCCACCAGUCCCAAUUCUGGAAAUCAUCUCAUGAGGUCCCACACCCUUAGCAACGGGCGCACCUGCAGGAUACUGGAGUCUGCAUCCAAUCUCCAUCACAGUCGUUCAAUGCCAAUGUCCAACUCUCCUCCUGCUGCCUCCAGCCCCAUCAGCUCAUCUCCCAGGGGAGGAACAAGGGUCUCCACUCCAGACAAAGCCAGACGUCCUUUCAGCUGCAGCGCCUCCAUAUCUGGCUCCCUCAGCGACACUGGCUUCCUUCUCUGUGAUGAUUUCAGCUCCAGCCCAGGUGAACACAAGUUUCUCACUCUGACUCGCAGUGACACUCCUGACUCCCUGUCCAGCACACCUCCAUCUCGUGACCUGAGCGACCCCUGUGGCUACAUGCUAAUGGAGGGGGCUAACGGCAGCAGGUCCAGCUGUGGGAUCGAGGGUCAGAAUUGUGACAAGGCAUACAGGAAGCGAACACACUCCCUCACCACACCACGCCAACAGAAGGUGGUGACUCCAUUGUCCUCUGCUUCCUUGGAUGAGUACACUCUAAUGAGGAUGGCCCACGGGCAAAACUCCCACUCUGCUUCACCCAAAGUAUGCUAUCCUGAGGAUUAUGGGGACAUAGAAAUUGGUUCAUCCAGGAGCUCCAGUAGCAACCUUGGCGAUGAUGGCUACAUGCCCAUGACGCCAGGCGUAGCACCUCAGUCUGGCAAGACGGAUAACUAUGUACCCAUGAGCCCCAUGUGUGUCUCAGCACCAAAGCAGAUUGUCAACCCCAGGGUGCAUCCCCAGGCAGCUACCAAUGGCUACAAGGCCAACUCUCCCUGUAGCAGCUCUCUGGAAGACAGUGGAUACAUGAGAAUGUGGUGCGGCUCCAAAUCCUCCAUGGACAGCCCUGACAGACAGGGCGAAUACAUGAACAUGUCACCUGGAAACCCACCCUCUCUGCAGACCCCUCCUGAUUACUACUUAAGCCCUCUCACUGGGGAACCAGUGUCAAUUAAGCCGGCUUACCAGACGGGCUCCCUUACACUGCCUGCAAAACUUCAGUCAUCCAAGAAUGAAGACAGUGGCCAGUACGUGUUGAUGAGCCCACAGAGUUCAAGGCAGAAGACUGGGGAGUCAGACUAUUAUUCAGUUAUGCAGCCGUGUGCAGUUCAAACAUCACCGCUGAGCCCCUCAGUCCCCUCCCCAGUCAGGCAUCAUCGAGCAGAGAAUCAUCUGUCCUACAGAGGGAGGGUGGGGAGACCUAACAGGCUGUCUCUGGACACCCUGAGGACCCUGCCCAGCAUGAAUGAGCAUCCCCUGCCCUUAGAGCCCCGCAGCCCCGGCGAGUACAUCAACAUUGACUUCAGCAGCAACAGAUCGUCCCCACCGUCCACCGUAUCCACAGAGAGCCAGUCUUCAUCUCUGGGGUCCAGCGGCGGGGGCCCAGGGCGGUCAUCUCUGUCAGACUACAUGAACCUGGAGCUGGGCUCGCACUCGCCCAAGGGGGCUGACACUCCGGCUGAGCGACUGGAUACCCUGCCUGAGCUGUCCUCAUGCCCCUGCUCAGAGGACGAUGUUGUGUACCAUGUAGAGUGUGAGAAAAGCCCCCGAAGCUUUGUCGAUGAGGUGAAAAAUGACUAUACUGAGAUGACAUUCGCGAUGACUAGCUCACCCCCACAGCUUGUUCCUCAGAACUUAAGCAGCCAGAGCUGCAGGGAGAGGAGGCUAUCUCUUGAGGACCAAGGUGUUCCUGAACGGAUUGGGGUCUUCCUGCUUGGAGCAGCAACUUCCCCAACCGUGGACCCAGACCGCUCUGCCAAGGUCAUCCGGGCCAAUCCACAAGGGCGAAGGCGCCACAGCUCAGAAACCUUCUCCUCCACGGCCACAGUGACGCCGGUCUUUCCCUCAUUUGCACGCGGCGACGCCGUGAAGAGGCCGAGCUCGGUGGAGAACAUCUCGUCCCGCAGCAGUGAGGGUUCCGACGAGGAGUAUGGCAGUCCCGUGACCCGCCACAGCUCAACCGGCUACUCUAACGGACUGAACUACAUCGCCUUGAACCUACUAGAAAACAGGGAUGUGGAGAAAUGUGGAGACCUGGUCGGCUUUAAACCCACCAGCAGCUGCAAAGGGGGCAUCAAUGGAUUACACAACACACCUUACGUCUGUUUGGGGUUCAAGGAGACUGCAACCACUGCCAAAGACUGAAGGACUUCGUUUGUCCUCGGCUUUGGCGUCUCGACCUGCUGCUCAAAACAAAAACAAGCAAGAAAAAGAAGAAGAAA